CCGCGGCCAAUGGGAGCGCAGCGGGGCGGAGAGAGGCGGCAAAUUGUAUCCUCCAGCGUAGUACGGCGGCCAGCAGCAGACGCGUCUCCCGCGCAGUCUGCACUUCAGCAUCCUCUGGUUUAUGGAGUAUACCCUGUCCAUCCAAGUGCAACAGCAGCUGGAGGUCUUCCCGACGCACUUCUACCAGGGCUACAGCGUGGAGUUACAGAUGAAGUCAACAGAGGUGGACCAAGGGCUUUUCACAGACAGCUACUGCAAAGUGUGCAGCGCACAGCUCAUCUCCGAGUCCCAGAGGGUGGCCCAUUAUGAGAGUCGGAAACACGCCAAUAAAGUGCGGCUGUAUUACAUGCUACAUCCUGUGGAUGGAGGCUGCCCCGCCAAGAAGCUCAGAACAGACAAUGGCAGCGAUGAGGGCGACGUGGACAAGAACAAGUGCUGCACGUUGUGUAACAUGUCCUUCACCUCAGCAGUGGUGGCACAGUCUCACUACCAGGGAAAAAUCCACGCCAAGAGGCUCAAACUGCUGCUGGGAGAGCAGCCUGCCAUCAUAACCAAAGAGGCCUCACCCAGUCCUGUGAAGAACUCCCCAGAAAUGUCUCCCAUGAUGUCACCGCGACAGCGCCGCGACUCAGAUCGUUACUGCCAGCUAUGCAACGCUUGGUUCAACAACCCUGGCAUGGCUCAGCAGCAUUAUGAUGGAAAGAAGCACAAGAAGAACGCCACCAGAGCAGAUCUGCUGGAGCAACUGGGCCAGACCUUGGACAUGGGUGAAAUGAAAGGCCUGAAGCGAAGCUACACCUGUGAGGUCUGCAGCGUUACGCUCAACUCGGUGGCACAGUACCACGCGCAUCUGCAGGGCUCCAAGCACCAAAACAAUCUGAAGAAUCAGAUAUGUGUCCAGUGAGCGUGGGAUAACGAUAAAAAUACCAACUACUGGAUUGAUGUCAGACAAGCUGUGGUCAGCUUGCCCUGCUUUUUUCUGCCUCUGCCCUGCUCCACUCCAGUCGCCUCAUUUUUGCUUUUAUUUUUUCAUUUUAUUUUAUUCCCUUUCUCUUCUUGCUUGGGGUAUUUCAGCUGCCCAGGCUAAGAGGGGGUACAAAAAAGUGUUUUAUUUGGGACGACAUCCGCAUGACCGUCUCCACUAUCAAAAUCAAAGAAGAGCUUCAGCUUUCUUCCACAGUACCAGGCACUCUGAUCGUCGAUCUCUGACAUUCCACUGGAACUGUGUUCUUUUGUUGUCUUUCCGUCCACUUUUAGUCUGAAAGCAUUGAAGUGGAUCUUAUACUCAUCAGCCUUUCUAAAAUGCAUGGAUAAAACUCUACUUUUUCAAUGGAAUGUCAAGUAUUUUAUGUUGGACUCAACUGAGGAAAUGAGGGUUUGUUUGCUUUUACUUGAAAGAAAUGGAACCUUACAUUCAGUAUUGAUUAUGGGUUCAUCACUGUCUGUUAUCUGCACACACUGAGUAAUUUUUACUGAAUACAGUGCAUUCUUAUCGUAGACAUAAACCAAUUUGCAGCUUGAAAUAGGUUGAUAGCAAUAAUAAUAAUAAACUCUUAUGUUGUAAAGUGUAACUGUCUGUUCACUAUACUGAGUGCAAAUAGCUUUUCUUUGCAAGAUGAUUAGUAUGGUUAUAGACCUAGAAAUACCAGCAUCUGUUCUUUUAUUUUGCUCCUUUUGUCUGUUGGUGGGUGAAUCAGUUUAGCAAAGAAAUGACAAAUGUUGAGGCUAUGGGAGAAACAUUUCUGGAUUUAAAACAACGUUUAAGUAGUUGAUCAAAUUGUGAGUAUUAACCACAAUACACUGUUAAACAGAAUUUUAAGACCAUGAUUCUGUUUUGGUGUAUCUUUAUCAGAUUCCACGCAGAGCUUUAAAAUGCAGGAAAAAGAAACCGAAGGACUUGCCAAGGACCGAGCAAAACAAAUGGUGUAAGGAAAAGAUUUACGCUGGGCUCACAUUGAAUGCGGUGUGGGUUGCGGUCCCGAUCCAGUUCUGUUUUUUCCGCAAACCCUGACUCAUACUGCUCCUAGGCCAGCUGCGGCUCCGGUUGCUGAAAGGCGCUGUCAAGAACAGAGGUUCAUGUGGUCCUUUCUGUUGCUAUCCCUCAUAAAUUAUUAAAAAACAGCCAUCGUUUUUCAGGGCAAAAUUUGUUAUCUAUGCGCUUAAAUAUCCCUUUUCAUCCUCCAAAAGCCCCUCUGUUUUCUUGUGUGUCUUUGUCGCCGUUUUGUUUACACUAGUCAAGCUUGUUAAGUUGAUGAGGUAAUUUUAUUGUGAAAUUCACUGGAACGUUAUCCUGUCUAGUGCCCAACAUUUCCUGUUUUGCUCUGAAAAUUCAGGAGCUUGAUCCAAGGAGCGCUGCGGCCUUUGGUCAAACUUGCACUUGCCGUGCUGCAUGGCCUCGGCAACCAGACCCGCAACCAACCGAUCAAUGUUAGCCUGGUGUUAAAGUCUAAUUUAAACUCAAACAAGCUGUUAAUCAACUGAUCAAGAUUUGGAUCUACAACCUUAAAAAGUUGUUUGAAGGAGCAAUAAGUGCAA